GGUUUGUAGCCUUUGCCACCAUGCCUGAACUGGCACAAAGAAAAAUGAAUUUUGCCUUGGGUCCUGUGGUCUCCUUCAAAUAUCCCACAGGCAUUUUUACCAGAUUUUUCCAACUUCCAAGUUCUGCAAUCAAGAAGUUGUUUGGUACCAAAGGCUUCUUUUUAGAAGAAAGUAUAGGGAAGUCACCUUCUAUCAAAAUCUGCAACAAUAAAAUAUUGUGGGUGAUGUGUAGUGAAUUUCUGUCCUUAUGGGCGGGAUUCAACAAGAAGAACAUGAAUAUGAGCCGAAUGGAUGUGUAUAUGUCCCAUGCUCCCACUGGAUCAUCAAUACAGAACAUCCUGCAUAUAAAACAGCUUUACCAUUCUGAUGAAUUCAGAGCUUAUGACUGGGGGAGUGAAGCUGAAAACAUGCGUCACUACAAUCAGAGUCGUCCUCCACUGUAUGACCUGACUGCCAUGAAAGUACCUACUGCCAUCUGGGCUGGUGGAAAAGAUAUCCUCAUCACACCCCGAGAUGUGGCCAGGAUACUCCCCCAAAUCAGGAAUCUGCGUUACUUCAAACUGUUGCCGGAUUGGAACCACUUUGAUUUCAUCUGGGGCCUCGAUGCUGCUCAACGAGUAUACAGCAAAAUCAUAGAUUUGAUGAAGUCAUAUCCCUAACUGCAGUAUACCUGCUUUUCAGAUAGGAGUUGCUUCCAAGCCCAUAAGAGGCUUUGGGGAGGAAAUACUAGUCUGCUUAAGUAGCAGUGAGAUGUACACUGGCAUCCUUCACCUUGUUG